CUAUUAGAAACUGACACAUUGAACUGGUAGUUGUAACCGAUAGUCGAAAGGUCGACCAAGUUCAAUAUUUGGGAAUGUCGAAGGAGAAUUUUACUGUUAAGCCUCGGGAAACACUGGAACAGAUUAUGCAAGACAUCAAUGCCGCAUUACCGCUAGACGGCUUGCACUUCGAGUUACUCUCGGAAGGUCGUAUGCAGGCGUUGGUCGACUUUCUUUCGGACUACUUUUUUCCCGACAUGCCGCUGAGUAAAUCUUUGGGAGUUGUCGCAGACGACAGCUUAAAAGAAAUCUUGAAAGUUAGAUUUUCCGAACAUUUAUCGCUGAUCUUGAUCGAUGAAUCAAGCGAUGAAAUCAUUGGAAUAAGAACCGCGUUUACCUUGACGAGACGUUGGCAAUUGAACACCGAUGAAAUCAAAGAUGAAAAAAUAAAAACCAUAUUGAAAUUCAUCUACCAGAAACACAACGAAAUGAACGUCUUUAAGCGUUUUGACGUCAACGUCGCUAUACAAUUUGCAAAUCUUGGCGUUCGGCCGGAUUUCCGGGAGCGUGGACUUGGCUGCAAGCUGAUAGAAGCUGCGCUUAUGUUCUUCUCGCAGUUUGCACUCGAAAUGCCGUGUAUCACAGGCGAAGGAACGUCGGGACACGCUCAGCGUAUUUUUGAAAAAUAUGGGUUUGAAACAAUUCAUACUUUUCUAUAUGCUGAUUACAAAGAAAAUGGCGAAGUUGUGUUCAAGAACAUGGGUGAGAACGUAUCCACGAAAGUUUACGUCAAACAGUUGUGAGCCAAUAAUGCGAGACUCAUUGGAAGGGAAGUUAUAACUACAAUCGAAAAUACAAAAUUGUAUGUAAACUGUCAUUAUUAUUCUUUUGAAUAUGCAUAGUCAGGUGGUAAUGGUUGUUUUAAGCUGUCACAUAGUUUAAACCAUAUUGCAUCUUAUUUGAAAUUUACUCAUAAUCUGUAUUCCUUUGAAACGCCAUAUAUGUAUACGGUUUAAGAGAGGGGAGACCGAUAUUGGACCUCGAACUGGUUUCUGAUGACUGGAUAGCCUGGGGGUAACGCGUAACUGUAUUUUAAGCUUUUUUCUUUAAAUAAAAAAAUCGUAAUAAAUCAACAAAACACAA